GCUUCCUCCUUUCCUUCUCCUGUUUUGUUUUUUUCCCAUUUGUUCAAAGCAUAGACACGAUCCCGAUGUUAUUACGAAAAUUCCUCUUGGGCGGAUCUGCCUCUUCGACAUCACACGCAUCUAAAUCACCGUCGUCAUUACUAUCCGCACUUCUCCUGUUCUCUGUACUCGGGGCUCUGCCGGUUCAGGCUACCGAUGUGCUCGAAACUAAUGGAUUCUCAACAUGUCUCGCCACUAGCGAUAUCAAGGUCGAUAAGAUGAACGUCAAGUACGACAGGGCAAAUGGCGUCGUGACCUUCGAUCUGGCCGGUUCCUCUUCAAGGGAGCAAAAGGUGAAGGCUGUCUUGACCGUGACGGCCUAUGGGAGGCAGGUCUAUGAGAAGACAAUUGAUCCCUGCGUUCAGGGGAUCGCUCAGCUUUGUCCUUUGCCCAAAGGAACGUUUGCUGCUAAGGAUACAAUGGAUAUCCCCGCCCAGUUCGCUUCGAUGAUUCCGGCGAUCGCUUUCCAGAUUCCUGACCUCGAUGGUAUGGCAAAGUUGGAAUUAAAAUCUAGCGAGGAUAACUCACAACUCGCAUGUCUUCAAUCCGUAGUGCAAAAUGGAAAAACUGCGAAUCAGCCCGGUGUUCAGUAUGUCACAGCUGGUAUUGCUGCCGCUGCGUUGGUUCUUUCGGGGGUUUCGGCUCUUGGCGCCGCCGGCGCCGGGACAGGGGCAGGUCCGUCACCAAACUUUGGGGACGUCAUGUGCUGGUUUCAAAAUGUUGCCAUGAAUGGGAUGCUUUCUGUCAACUAUCCUCCCGUUUAUAGGUCAUUUGUCAGCAACUUUGGCUGGAGUACCGGUAUUAUUCCGUGGGAGGGCAUGCAGAGGUCUAUCGACGGUUUUAGGAAGGUUACAGGAGGUGAUUUGACGAAGAACUCGAUCGAUUAUCUGAUGAACGCUACCUUGGUGUACAGCGGUGAUGGCGGUAGCGAAUCUGGCAAUACGACUGCCAGUAAUAAGACUCGCCGUGCGCUGGAUUGGACUGUGGCACAGGUCUUUGAGCGUGCGGUUGAGGUGAAUGGGACAACGAUUGCAGGCAACGGCACCAAUUCUACCUCCACUGAUGAUGCCCAGGCCAAGGUUAUGCACUAUGUAGAGGGUGUCCAGGCAUAUGUUGAAAAAUUGCAAAUUCCCUCGGCCAAUACUUUUAUGACUGUCCUGUUGGUCUUCGCCAUCGUCAUUGCCUCUAUCGCUGUCUGCAUCCUGUUAUUCAAGGUUAUCCUGGAAACUUGGUCGUUGUUCGCUAGCUUCCCAAAGUCCUUGACCGGAUUCCGCAAGAGGUACUGGGGUUUCUUGGCAACAACCAUUGUUAGACUGGUGUUGGUGCUUUAUGGAACCUGGACUCUGUAUUGUCUCUAUCAGUUUAGGAAUGGUGACUCCUGGGGUGCUCAUGUUCUUGCUGGUGUUACCCUCGCCGUUUUCACGGGUGUCUUGGGCUUCUUCGCUUUCCGCAUCUUUAUUCUUGCUCGCCGCCAGAAGGCCAUUGAUGAUGAGAAUGAGGCUGCCGCAUUGAAAGGCGACGAUGAGCACAAGCCCCAUGACAAGCUAUUUGAACACAAGCCGUACAUGCGUCGUUAUGGAUUGUUCUACGAUCAGUUCAAAACCGACUUUUGGUGGAUCUUCUUACCGUUGAUCAUUUAUGCUUUUGCCAAGGGUGCUUUCAUCGCUCUUGGCGACGGUCACGGGCUUAUUCAGACAGUCGGUCAGUUGGGCUGUGAGGUCAUUCUUCUGGUUCUGUUGCUCUGGAACAGGCCAUAUAACUCCAAGGCUGGAAAUGUUCUCAACACCAUCAUCUCGGUUGUUCGUGUCUUGUCUGUUGUCUGCCUUAUCGUCUUUGUUGAGGAGCUGGGCAUUGCAGCGGAUACCAAGACUGUUACCGGUGUCGCCCUUAUUGUUAUCCAGUCAGUUCUCACUGCUGCCCUCGCCAUCUGUAUCGCCAUCAACGCCAUUAUCGUCAUGUGCAAGCAGAACCCACACACCAAGAGACGCAAAGAGCUUGAGAAGCAGCGUGAAGCUGACAUCUUGACACCGUUGGGUCCUCGCCACUCAAUCCUUGGUGCACCGGUUGGACAUGGCCCUGACGGUAAGGGACGUUAUUCCGCUACUCCAACGCGGGACGAUUUUCUGUUGAAUGAUGCUAGCGGGCGAACGGAUUACCCCCUGCAUCACAUGACUCCCGCACCUCCACCACAGCAUCCGUUCUCUCACAACAGGAGCGCAAGCUCUUCUAGCGAUAGACUGGGGCUGAUGAACUCGGCGGCACCAAUGCCACUUGCACACGGGAGAAACGAUAGCUAUGGAGGGUAUGAUGAGUAUCGAGGUGCGCCAUAUCGGGCACCGGGCCAGGUGUAUUGAUAGGGAGUGGCAUGGGGAAUAUGAAGAAGGAAUGGCUUUGGGGGACAUGGGGCGGAAAAAUCAUGAGAAAGGGAUGGCCUUCUUAGCGUCUGAUUACUUCCCAAGUUAAUUUCCAUUCUAUUUCAAACAACUUUCUUUAUUAUUUCAUUUUUACAUAUAAGUGGUUUUGUUUAAUUUCAAAUCAAUAACUUUGUCCCUCCCACACAUUCUCACUCAUCCUUCUUUUUGUAGUUUAUUGAGGUAUGGACGGACGGACGGAUGGAUAUAUGGGUGUGUUGGGAAUGACGAGCUAUCGGUUUUUCUUUUUUUUGUUCAUUUUAAAAGUUUUUCUCGUCUCCGGCUAACAUAUGACGUAUCCUACCCCCACCGUAUCGUGCAGGUAUCUACUCACAUAAUGGACUCCCGGAGACCCUGUAUUUUGUUACUUCCCCUGCAUAAACUUCUUUUCGUUUUGCUUGGUUUGUUAGUUCGGCUGGAGAUUUUCAUCUUCAACUUCUGGCACUCCUUUUCCCAUUCUUUGUGUUCACAUCUUGGAUCGUAGGUUGUAGUUGUACUCACCUUUUUUUUUAUCUUGUUUGGUGGUGGGUAUUGGCGGGGUGUGCUUUCUUGCAUUCUUGCUUACUUGGAGAUAUCUUGAUCUGAAUACUAUAUGUGGGGAUUUCGUUCGGA